UGCGCGCGCAGCGGUGGUGGCGGCGGCGCGAUCGGCCAGGCUGUAACCGUCGUCCGUCCGGGAGCGGCUGGAGCGGCAGCGGCGGCCGGGAACGGCGCGAGGCGACGCCAGCAGGCAGCGGCGGUAACGGGGCAGCGGCGGCAGCGGGGGACGCAGCGGCAGCAGCGGCAGCAGCAGCAGCAGCAGCAAGACGGACUCGUGGACACGCGCCGUCGCCGCCGCCGCCGCCGGGCCGGGCCGGGUGUCGCGCGCCGAGGCUGGGGGGAGUCGUCGCCGCCGCCGCCGCCGCUCCCGCCGCCGCCGCCGCCGCCGAGGUGACUGAGGAGAGAGGCGCCUCCUCGCUCCCGCCUCCGCCGGCCUUCAAUGCCCAGUCCCCAGCUCGCCAGCGUUUUUCGUUGGAAUAUACGUUGCACAUUUAUGGCGAUUCUGAGUGUGAGGGCAGACUUCUGCCAGGCUCAGCACAGCGUUUUCGCUGACAAGUGAGCUUGGGGGAUAUAUGUGCCAUAAUUAACAUUGCCUUGAAGACUCUGGACACCGAGACUGGCCUCAGAAGUAGUAGGCUUUUUUUUUUUUUUUAAUUGCAAGCAUAUUUCUUUUAAUGACUCCAGUAAAAUUAAGCAUCAAGUAAACAAAAGUGGAAAAGAACCUACACUUUUAACUUGUCUCACUAGUGCCUAAAUGUAGUUUAAAGGCUGCUUACAUUUUGUAUGUAGUUGGAUUUUUUGGAGGCUGAAGGUAUCCAUCUGCAGACAUUGAGGCCCAAGUUGAAUUUGGAUUGAAGUGGAUUCUGAAUACUUCUGCCUGUGUUGAAGAGAGAAGCUUCAUAAGGAAUAAACAAGUUGAAUAGAGAAAAUAGUGAUCAAUAAUAGGCAUUUUAGUGGUCUUUUUAAUGUUUUCUGCUGAGAAACAUUUCAAGAUUUAUUGAUCCCCUUUCCCCCCUGUUUUCCCUACCACAUUCACACACGCACGCUCACACUUUUUAUUUGCCAUAAUGAACCGUCCAGCCCCUGUGGAGAUCUCUUAUGAGAACAUGCGUUUUCUGAUAACUCACAACCCCACCAAUGCUACUCUCAACAAGUUCACAGAGGAACUUAAGAAGUAUGGAGUGACAACUUUGGUUCGCGUUUGUGAUGCUACAUAUGAUAAAGCUCCAGUUGAAAAAGAAGGAAUCCACGUUCUAGAUUGGCCAUUUGAUGAUGGAGCUCCACCCCCUAAUCAAAUAGUAGAUGAUUGGCUAAACCUGCUAAAAACCAAAUUUCGUGAAGAGCCAGGUUGCUGUGUUGCAGUGCAUUGUGUGGCAGGAUUGGGAAGGGCCCCUGUGCUGGUUGCACUUGCAUUGAUUGAAUGUGGAAUGAAGUAUGAAGAUGCCGUUCAGUUCAUAAGACAAAAAAGAAGGGGAGCAUUCAAUUCCAAACAGCUGCUUUACUUGGAGAAAUACCGACCUAAGAUGCGAUUACGCUUCAGAGAUACCAAUGGGCAUUGCUGUGUUCAGUAGACGUAGAGGAAGGCUGAAUGGAUCGUGGCAUUAGAGGGAACUCUUGGUACCUGGAAAUGUGAAUCUGGAAUCUUACCUGUGUCAUCAAAGUAGUGAUGGAUUCAGUACUCCUCAACGCCUAAUGAUUGAGAAGAAAGCAAAUGAUAAAGAAAUCCCUCUAUAACACGAAUAAAAUGUUUAAGAAAAGAAAAAAGAAAGGAAAAGGGAUUAAUUUAGUGAAAGAUGAUUUUGCUCCUAGUUUUGGAGUUUUGAUUUCUGCCAGGAUUGAAUUAUUUCAAAAUCCUCCUGUGUUUUUUAAACUUUUUUCAAAAUAGGUAUCUGAGGAAAACCAGCAGAAUAUUAACCAGUGUGGAGCCAGUUGUUGGGGAGCACACACUUCCAUUAUGCUUGGCACAUAGGUCUCCUUGUGGUAGGAUUUGGGGAAGGUAGAUUAUCCCCAUCUUUCUUCCUGUCCUGUCCCCCUUGCCCCACCCCCAUACAUGUAGAUGGAAUAGAAAGAAAUCCUUGUUGCUGUAGAUGUACGUGUGUCUGCAGCCUUAAGCCUACCUGGGCACUUUUAGGAAAACAACGACAAAAAACACCAAAAAGAAAAAAAAAAAACCCAAAAAAAAAGCAAGCCAAGAAAAAGCAGUGCGCAUCUGUUCUAUGAUCUAGGUGGUUGUUUAUAGUCUAGUGAUGGUGGGUGCUCACCUUAGUUCCUCUUCCUCACGUAGGCAUGGAAGGUAGCCAGGAGCGGUUUGUUUUGGUAAAUGGUGAGGAAAUGACAUCUUAAAGAGGAGUCUGUCUCCUGGAACUUAGCUGAGAGGAGAAUCCUUUCCCAAUAGUGGAAGAAGUGGGCAUCCCAGAAACUUAUUGAAGAGAUGACUCCAGGCCAUCGAUGGUCUGUCCUGGAGAGUUAGCAUGUUUCUACAACUCUAGAACUAUGGGUUGUGGAUUUGCUAUCUAACGAUGUCAUGGAAAAGCAAUAUCUUAAAAUCUGAGGGCUGAUUUCAGAAAUAGAGGAGCAACAGAACAUUCACAGUAUUUUGGUCUUAAGAAUGUCUGUGAUGGUGGUUUUCCAAAUUACUCUCUGUAUGUACAGUUAGUGUAACCACCUAUUACCUUGUUAUUACUAGAUUCUUCUGAGAUUAAAAAGGAGAAAGAAAUCACUGUCAAAACCAGCAAUAUCUAGUGAGUGUGUACCCACAGGCAAUGGCAAGCAAUAAGGUGAAUAGCAAGGGGACUCCGCUCAUGGCAUCAUGUGGGAGCAUUUUUCGGGUUCUCUGUUAAAUGUGCUGAUACAGAAAAGCUGUUUUUUCCUUACUUGCAGAAGACAGUUGACCAGGCUGCAGUGGAGAGGCAUCUCCGGGGACUCUGGCACCCUCUUCAGCUAAAUGUUCCCUACUUGACAGUGAGUGUCAAGCCCUGGGUGCAGGCCUAGAGUCUUCUUGUCCCAGUGGAAAUGUAUUGUGCAGAGCCUUAAGCUUCCUGCUUUAUUAGUACAGAUAGGCCGGUAGGAUGGACGACAUCUCAUUGAUGGUACCUCGGUGGCUGGCAGCUUUGUGAACUGCCUCUAUACUAUUGCUGGGAUUGUUCUGCUUUUAACUAAAUUCGAAUCUGUGGAGUCCUUCCUGCCUCAUCCCAGAAAAUGAAAAAUAAUGCUUUUUUGACAUUGUUUCUAGAAUUUUAAAGUGUAAAAUGAUGAUACAACCCAAAAUUCUCUUAUUUCAGAACAUGACGACAAAUAGAUUGCUUUAACAUAGACUCAAGAUCAAAAUAUCUUACCUUCUAAGUUUAGAUUGACUGUUGACUCCAGGGGUUGUGAUCAAUACCAGCAAACCCUUUUCCACUUGACAUGUUCAGAAAUUUGGUGUGUGCAUUUGUGCAUGAGCACAUGUGUUCCCGUGAGGUUAUGUGCUUGCAGGUGUCCAUCAGUCUCAAUGCCUGCCUGAGAUAGAGUUACAUUCCUGGUUCUGUGUGAGGAGAAGGGUGGAUAAAGCAACAUAAAACAGCCCUCAUAUUGUUUUAAAUAAGACUAAUGUUAACUGUUCUCAGAACUGGACUUUUUUUUUUCUCCUCAAAAUUAAAACUUUUUUUUUUCUUUUGGAUUUAAUGAAGUAUUGCUAGUGGAAGUCAGUUUGGCAUGGUGAGAGAUGUCAAACUUUUGAAAGGUGUGCAGCCUGAUUUAAAACCAAAUCCUGAACCCUUUUAAAGAACAAUAAAACAUAUUUUACAUGC